AUGGCUUUACAUGUUCCUAAGGCACCGGGGGUACCUCAGAUGCUAAAAGAAGGUGCUCGGAUGUUAUCAGGCUUGGAAGAAGCUGUGUAUAGUAACAUUAAUGCUUGUAAACAAUUUGCACAAAGUGUACGUUCUGCUUAUGGACCCAAUGGCAUGAACAAAAUGAUUAUCAACCAUAUAGAGAAACAAUUUGUUACAAGUGAUGCUGGCACAAUAAUCAGAGAGCUAGAUGUAGAGCACCCUGCUGCUAAGCUUAUGGUCUUAGCAAGUCAAAUGCAGGACUCUGAAGUGGGUGAUGGUACUAACUUUGUUAUUGUACUAUCUGGAGCACUAUUAGAAGCUGCAGAAGAACUAUUACGUCUAGGUGUUACACCCAGUGAAAUAACAGAGGGAUAUGAAAGAGCCCUUGACAAAUGUCUUGAAUUACUUCCUGACCUUGUUUGUCACGAAAUCAAGGACUACAAGGAUAUUGAAGCUGUUGUUGCUGGAAUAAAACCAGCCAUUAUGUCCAAACAGUAUGGAAAUGAAGAUUUCAUUGCCAGACUUGUGGCAAAAGCAUGUGUUGCCAUUCUACCAGAGAAGACUACAUUCAAUGUUGAUAAUGUUCGUAUUUGCAAGAUUCUUGGUGCUGGACUUCAACAAUCCGAAGUUCUUUCUGGAAUGGUGUUCAAAAGAGAAGUGGAAGGAGAUAUUACAUCUGCCACCAAAGCUAAAGUAGCUGUUUAUUCAUGCCCUGUUGAUAUUACACAAACAGAAACAAAAGGCACAGUGCUUAUCAAGACAGCAGAUGAACUUCUUAAUUUUAGCAGGGGAGAAGAAUCACUUCUCGAGAAACAAAUAAAGGACAUAGCAGAUGCUGGUGUCAAAGUGAUUGUAGCUGGUGCAAAGUUUGGUGAUAUGGCCUUACAUUUUUUGAACAAAUAUGGAUUGAUGGCUGUUCGGCUAAAUUCAAAAUUUGAUCUACGUCGCCUGGCAAAGACUGUUAAUGCCACUGUUUUGCCAAGACUUACUACACCAACAGCUGAAGAACUGGGAUAUUGUGAUGUUGUAAGAGUGGAUGAACUUGGUGACACUAGAGUGGUAGUUUUCUCAAUGGAAACUUCAGAAUCACGCAUAUCUACUGUUGUUAUUAGAGGAUCAACUGAUAAUUAUAUGGAUGACAUUGAGAGGGCGAUUGAUGACGGUGUCAACACUUUCAAAGCAAUUACAAGAGAUGGGCGAUUCUUACCUGGUGCUGGUGCAACAGAAAUAGAAUUAGCACAGAAACUUCUUCAGUAUGCUGAUACAUUACCUGGUCUCGAGCAGUAUGCUAUAAGAAAGUUUGCUAUUGCUCUUGAGAGUAUACCAAGAACUUUAGCAGAUAAUUCUGGUGCAAAUGCCACUGAAGUAAUUAAUAGUAUAUACAAAGCUCACAAGGAUGGGAAACAAACUUAUGGAUAUGAUAUUGAGUCAGAUGGCAGUGAUGCAUGUGAUGCAAAAGCGAAGGGCAUUUACGAUUCAUUUCUUCUUAAAAAUUGGGGCAUUAAAUAUGCUGUGGAGGCAGCUAAUACCAUUCUGAAAGUAAACCAGAUCAUAAUGGCCAAGAAAGCAGGUGGUCCAAAGCCUAAAGCAGCACCAGGCAGUGACGAUGAAUCUUAA